GGUUACUAGGGACACUAAGGGGACAAAGAUAAAAGAAAGAAAUCAAGCAGCUCCAGAAAGUCAAAAAGCUGGACCUAGUAGUGGUCCUAGUAAAAUUUCAACUAGGGUCGAGCUAAGGCUAACUAGGGACAAGUAA